AGCCUUGAAUAAUCUUCUGUCAUAAAGUAUACAAAGAUUUAAUGGUAUCACACGUGCAAAUUCAGCUUAUCUGGAAUGGACAGAAGUUCUCUGGGAGGAUUAGAAUUGUCUGAACAUACUUCUGGUUUACUAGGAACUACUGCCAUGGCAACUGGUCUUGCAAAUAUAGGAAAUUCUUUUGGAGGGCCGCCUAAUACUCUAGUUUCUAGAACUAAUAAGUUCCAAAACUCAUCUAUAGAAGAUGAUGAUGAUGUUGUUUUUAUUGAACCUAUACAACCUCCACAGACUUCUACAUCACUGAUAUCAGAUCAGAGAAGCAUCGCAUUUAUUUCAUCAAAAAGCGAUGAGCUUCAGGGAAAUGAUUCCAAAAUGCUUCCUUCUUCAAAAGACUUAAGUUCUCAAAAGGGAAGUAUAAGCGAGACUAUUAUUAUUGAUGAUGAAGAAGAUAUUGAAACAAAUCAAGGACAAGAGAAUAAUGCUUCCAGUUUUAAUGAGCGAAGACUUCCAGAGUGUAAACAUAGAUCCAGCGAUAUGGAAUUCUCAGCUUCCAGUUUUUCAAGAAGUAAGGUAAAUGCAGGAAUAGGUAAUAGUGGUAUAACCACAGAACCAGACUCUGAAAUUCAGAUUGCUAAUGUUACCACAUUAGAAACAGGUAUGAGCUCUGUGAAUGAUGGUCAUUUAGAAAAUACUGAAGGGCGUGACAUGAACUUAAUGAUUACACAUGUAACAUCACUGCAGAAUACCAACUUGGGAGAUGUGUCUAACGGACUGCAGUCAAGUAGUUUUGGUGUUAAUAUACAAACAUACACCCCAUCUUUAACUUCACAGACCAAGACUGGUGUAGGACCUUUCAAUCCUGGUAGAAUGAAUGUGGCUGGAGAUGUGUUUCAAAAUGGAGAAUCUGUGACUCAUCACAGUCCAGAUUCGUGGAUAUCCCAGUCAGCUUCAUUCCCUAGAAACCAGAAACAACCAGGUGUGGAUUCCUUGUCACCAGUGGCCUCACUUCCUAAACAGAUUUUUCAGCCGUCUGCACAACAGCAACCUUCUAAACAGGUUAAAGUCACAUGUGCAAAUUGCAAAAAGCCCUUGCAGAAGGGACAGACUGCAUAUCAGCGCAAAGGAUCAGCUCAUCUGUUUUGUUCCACUGCCUGCCUUUCAUCAUUCUCGCAUAAACCCGCUCCAAAGAAACUCUGUGUUAUGUGUAAAAAGUAAGGGAUAUUUUAUUCUUUGUUCCCUUA